CGUGCACGGUCGACACUAUCUUCUACCUGGACCCUAAUGAGCAGCUCGUUCUUUCAGUUACCGCUGCCUACAGCUCCUUCUACCCUACAUCAGGCCCAACGGCAAGAUGAGGCUCUUGACGUCCUCAACAUAUGCACCCUUCCGCAGCUAUUGGAUCUCGAUGACAGACCCACCUUCGUGCUCAACAUGGACGAAUAUUCGAAGGGAUGCCGAAAUCCGAUACGACCGAUUAUUUGUAAUGCGGCACUCCGAGAGCAACAUCAACUAUUGGAGAAGGUAAUUGGCACCGCGUCCAGCAAACGCGAUUCCGCGGAUGGGGGAGCAACACAUGACGAGUUUCGAAUAUGGGCGACAAUCAUCAGCAGAUUCAACGACUCCCGGGAUAUAUUUCCCAUCACCAUUGAGUUCGAGAGCUUGUUAUGGUUUGGUGUCUCGAUUUAUCCAAAUUGGCGACUAAUCAGCGCACACAAGCUUUUCCGGAAUGAAGAUGUCCCUGAAGGGGGCCCGCUGUGUGCAUCAGCACCGCAACUCGAGAAAGAUGGACACAGCGAUCUCACCGUCGACGCAGCGAAGAGUUUAGCUUCUGCAGAGGCGAUACCGACGCGAGAGAUCAUUGAAAAUGUUCAACAACCCAAAUUCCCGUCUGUUUCCCUCGGCCAGGACCUUGACAAAAACGGCUCCUCGAGUAUCUCAGCUAUCACGUUAUCCACACCUGACUCGUCUGUACCCGACUGGACAGUACCGCACCCCAGAGGUGUUCUCUCAGAUCAUUUACAGUUUAUAAGGGGCAUCGACUGGGCAAAUACACCAUUGGGAGCUAUGAAUAGAUGGUCGAUCCAGUUCCGAGAGAUCAUCUGUUUGGUCAUGCGCAAUCCACACCCAUCUUCUGUCUUUUGGGGCGAGGACUUGACCAUGCUCUACAAUGAGGCUUACCGAGACGACGUGACCGGCGACAAACAUCCAGCUUUGAUGGGAACAGGUUUCUCGGGCCCCUUCGGUGAAAUGUGGCAUGCAGUUGGUCCGGUAAUUCGCGAAUGUGCCCGAACGGGUCAUGCGCAGCUGAACCACAACCAGCCGCUACCCAUCAUGCGUUACGGCUACAUGGAAGAGUCUUUCUUUACUUGGUCUUUUGUUCCAGUCUUUGGUGGUACUGAGCGCGUCUUGGGGUUCUAUCUCAACGCCUUUGAUACCACAGUUGAGUCAAUCAGCAGUAGAAGAAUGUGGUUAUUGCGAUAUCUAGGGGAGUGUAUGAACGCCACACGUACGGUUAAAGAAUUCUGGAUAAGAGUGCUGGAAGGCCUGAAUCACAACGAAUACGACGUACCCUUUGCGCUCUUAUAUACCGUUACCGAGGCGGAUGACAUUGAGAGUGGCUCCUCGCAUUCAGAUGCAACGCCAACGUCUGUCAAGUCAUGCGUCUUCGAAGGAUCUAUCGGCGUGCCGAGAGGGCAUGCAGUGUCACCCGAUAAAUUCAGCUUCAAGAACCAUGACGGCAUCUUAACGCCCGCCUUUCGAGAAGCUACGCAGACCCUGGAGCCCAGCAUGCUGAGCAUCAAAGACCGCACGCUUCCACAACCACUGUUAGACAUCAUCGAAUGGCGCGGCUACAAAGAUCCUUGUAGAGAGGCAAUGGUUCUACCUCUAAGACCAACGAAUGCAGACAAAGUGUGUGCCUUAUUACUGUUAGGUAUCAAUCCACGAAGAGCAUAUGAUCAUGAGUACAGGUCUUUCAUGGCCAUGCUCAAUAGACAGAUCGCCACAUCGUUGGCGUCAGUACUACUUUUCGAAGGUGAAGUGCGGCAAAGCAAAGAAGUCGCAGAGAUGGCUACUCUGCAAAGAGAACAGAUGUCUCGACAGCUCCAACUCCAGACCGGACGAAUGCGACGAAUGACCGAGCUAUCGCCCAUGGGCAUGUUUCUAUUCAACCCUGGUGGACUUUUAUUGGAGGCGAACGAGAAAUACUACGAGAUGACAGGUGUCUCAUCUACAGGAGCCAAACUCCCUUGGAGUAUCGACAUGAUGGUGGGCGAGAGUAAACAAGUCGCACAAGACAUGUGGAACUAUAUGAUCACUCACCAUAAGCCAGCAAGUCGUGAGCUACAAUUCGCCAAUUCGACAAUGCAGCCCAAAGACAUCGACGGUAUACCAAUCGAGUAUUGGGUCCUAUCAGCUAGUCAGCCAGAGCUAAGCCCCGAUGGUGCACUCAUCAGUAUCAUGGGCUCACUCACAGACAUUUCGCAUUUGAAGUGGGCGCAGGACCUGCAAGAACGAAGAUUGCGAGAGGCAGAAGAGGCGAAGCGUCAACAGAACGAAUUCAUCGACAUCACGUCGCACGAGAUGAGAAACCCGCUUUCUGCGAUUCUUAUAUGUGCCGACGACAUCAAAGAUACUCUGACGCAGUAUGAGUUCUCAUGCAGUAGCGAUCGAAAGAUGGCCCAGGACUGCAUCGAGGCCGCUGAAAACAUAGCUCUUUGUGUCCAGCAUCAAAAGUCCAUCGUCGACGAUAUUCUCACGGUCUCGAAGCUGGACUCCAAUCUUCUCCGGAUCACUCCUAUUCCAGCGCAACCCAUCAUCGUUGUACAGCGGUCCAUGGCAAUGUUCCGUCCUGAAGUACAAGCCAGGAACAUCGAUUUCAAGUUCGUUCCGCAUAAAAGUAUCCGAGACCUCAAUAUUGACUGGGUCAUUCUUGAUCCAAGCCGACUCCUACAGAUCAUCAUCAAUCUUAUCACCAAUGCUAUCAAGUUCACAAUGGAUUCACCAGUUCGCUCGAUCAAAGUCCACGUCUGUGCUCAUGCGGAAUCGCCAGACUUUGGCGUACCAGAAGGAUUUCAAUUUGUUCCGCAAAGACAAAUCGUGAAUCAGUUUGGAAACAGCGAGGGUUGGGGUUCAGGUUCGUUCGUUUACCUUCGGUUCAACGUCCAGGAUACCGGAUGUGGACUCUCUCGUCAACAAAUAUCACUGCUCUUUGAGAAAUUUGCGCAAGCUUCACCACGAACGCACAUGCAGUACGGCGGUAGCGGUCUCGGGCUCUUUAUUUCACGUCAACUUGCCGAACUUCACGGCGGUCAAAUUGGUGUCUCAUCGCAAGCCGGUGUUGGCAGUACUUUCGGAUUUUACUUGAAAUGCAAACGCAUGAUUACCCCCAAACCUACCACCUCACGUGACACAGUCAGGCACGCUUUGGAGGCCGAACACGCAGCGUCAUCACACAAAAUCAAUACCGCAUCCGUAACUCAGACCUCUACCGCGCAAACGACCACCACUAAGGAAGUUGAAAGCCCCGUACCAGCUGUUAUACCCCAACCCAUGGACGACAAGAAAGACGGAGUGAAAGACGAUCGACUGCACGUUCUUGUCGUUGAAGACAACCUAGUCAACCAAAAGGUACUUGUGAAACAGCUCACGAAAGCUGGCUGCGUCACCCAUACUGCCGACGACGGCGUCUGGGCAUUGAAGCAGCUCGCGAGAACGAGAUUUUGCGUCGCUGAUGGCAUACCACUCACUAUCGUUCUCAUGGACUGUGAAAUGCCGGAGAUGGACGGCCUCACCUGCUGCAGGAAGAUACGAGAGAUGGAGCAACGGAAAGAGAUUACGAGACAUGUGCCAAUCAUCGCGGUCACGGCGAACAUUCGAGGAGGACAGAUGGAUGACGCAAAGGAAGCGGGUAUGGAUGAUGUCGUUGGGAAGCCGUUCAGAAUUCCGGAUUUGUUAGCGAAGAUGAAGGCUUUGUUGAAGAAGCUAGAGGACUAGAAACAGAGAUGCAUCUUCCCUAAU